AUGGGUGUAUUUACUCAGGUUUAUGAUACCCCUGCUGCUGUGCCUCCUGCUAGGCUUUUCAAAGCGAUGACCUUGGAUUUCCAUAACCUCUUCCCAAAGCUUGUGGAUAGCAUCCACAGUAUUGAAUUCACCCAAGGAAAUGGUGGUCCUGGCACCAUCAAGAAGAUCACCACCAUUGAAGGUGAAGAAAGCAAGUACGUGCUGCACAGAGUUGAUGCAAUCGAUGAGGGUAGCUUCGUGUACAACUUCAGCAUAAUUGAUGGCAGUGGGUUGCCUGAGACAUUGGAGAAGAUCUCAUUCGAGAGCCAACUGGUAGAAGGCUCCAAUGGAGGAUCAAUUAGGAAGGUGCAUGCCAAAUAUUUCACAAAAGGUGAAGCUGUUCUUACUGAGGAGGAACUGAAGGCUAACCAAGCCAAGAUCCAAGGACUUGUGAAGCUCGUUGAAGACUAUCUUCUGGCAAAUCCUCAUUACUGA